AGCUGUCAGUGUCAAAGUCUUAUUUUGUGUUGUAUUCUCAUUGCAUUGCAAACACAUUUUUUAAAGAUUUCAAAUGAACCCUUUAAAAACAGAGGGGAAAAUUGUAAUGUGUACUUAUAAUAAUGUUCAAAGAGUUCUACAGUGUUUGAAAUAAAUAAUCAAUUUACACAAUAAAUCAAGAUUACUAUGGAUCAACCACUUUCUCUGAAGUUGGCUUCUUUGAGCCUUAUAUCUCAAUGUAAGCUACAGAGAAUUCUUGCCCAGUGUGGAGAUAAGAAAGACCUUAUCAUAGAUCCUUCUCUUAUCAAGCCUUUGGAGCGAAUUUGUGGUGUAACUUGGCUCAGGCAAAAUGGAAUCGAUAAAAUAUACAAAAUGGAUCCACAACUGGGAACAACAGCCAACACAAAUAGAGUUUACUUCAUACCAGCCUGUACUCAAAAGUACAAGUGUGUAUUGGACCAAAUAUCAUCUCUCCUGAGUCAAAACUCUGCUCUAGCGGACUUGGAAUGCUUCCACAUAAUAAUAGUGCCCAAAGUAUUAUGUUCUUAUGAUUCUAUACUUGAAAGUAAGGGUUUGUACGGCAUUGUAAAGCUGCAUACUUUUGCUUGGGAACUAAUGGCAUUAGAUGAACAACUUCUAAGCUUGGAACUUCCAUUUCUUUUCAAACAAUUGUUUGUAGAACAGAACCAUGCCCUACUCUCCAGUGUAGCCAUGUCAUUAUGGAGCUUAUUCCAUGUAACUGGUAAACCUAAAAUCAUGUUUUCACUUGGGAAAUUGUCUGCAAGUGUUUUAGAUAUGUUGGAAGUGUAUAAUGAAACCUAUGCAAGAGACUUUCUAAGUUCAGAGAGUUCCGAUGAAAUUGGGGCUGUGAUUUUGAUUGACAGGAAUCAGGAUUACCCUUCAAGUCUCCUUACUCCAGCUACCUAUAGUGGAUUACUAAGUGAAAUAUUUAAUAUUAACUGUGCUCAUUUAGAUCUGAAUGUAAAGGACACAAAGUAUAAAAAGGGAAAGCUAGAUUUUGGAUUCCAAGAAAAUAAUUCAACAGAUAAAAACCCUGUCAUGACUUUAGAUAGCUCUAUAGACACUCUGUAUGGAGAGAUUAAACACAGGCAUUUUUCUGAGGUUCUAAGUGUUCUCAGCUCUAAAGCAAAGUUACUGAAGAAUGAGGACAUCAAAGCUCUAGGCAUUCAAGAAAUGAAACAUUAUGUGGCAACCAAACUGCAGCAGGUUGCUUUAUUCAAACAGAAUCUAGUGAACCAUGUAUUAGCAUGUGAGACUAUUAUCUCUGAAAUGAGUAAUAAAUUCGAAAAUCUGAAACUGACUGAAACUGAAAUGUUAAAUAAUAGAAAUAAGAAGUCCAACUUCACAUUUGUUGAUGAAAAUUUUGGCACAGAUAUUCAUAUUUAUAACAGUUUACGUCUAAUGUGUUUGUUAAGUUUAACACAAGGGCUAUCUUAUGAGGAAUACAACACUCUAGUGACCAAAUACUUGCUUGCUUUUGGCUACAAGUUUUUGUAUGUAUUUAGUAACCUAGUCAAUGCUGGCUUACUGAUUCAGCCUUCUAGUAUAAAAUUAUCUUUGAACAUUUCCAAUUUAGGCAACUUGAGUGAUAGACUGCCUCGAUGGCAGAGUGCAUUUCAAGCUGCAGCAAAUAAACUGAAACAGUUACCUUCACAACCAGAUAAGGUUGGGAAGUCAUCUCCUAGUUAUGUAUUCAAUGGAGGUUACAUCCCUUUAAUAGCAGUGCUCUGCAAUACUGUGUUAUCCGCUGAAUCAUUAUCAGAAGUCAUCUCCAAAUUGUCUGCGUUGUCAGACUUCAAAGUGGGUGGAUGUAUUGCUGCAAGGAUGAAAGAAGGCAUGGAAACACUUAAUGAAAAAUUGGAAAACAUGAAAGUCAAUACAGAUUUAGAAUUUGGUUGUAGAGAUCCUAAGAGUAUGUCAAAGGUUUUGAAAGCUGAUCCCAAUUUUGGGAAUGCUUUUCCUCUGAAGCCCAAGAGUGUGUUUGUGUAUGUGAUUGGAGGGGUGAAUUAUGCCGAGAUUGCUGCCUGUGAUGUGGUGCAGACUACAACAGGCAGUAAGAUUUACAUAGCAAGUGAUUGUGUUGCAAGUGGCAGUGAUCUUAUGUUUGCCAACACUUGAAUGCUUGAUGAUUAAUGUUGGUUCAAAGAUGAGAAUUUUGUAAAUUCUUUAUCACUUCAACUUAUGUUUUAAAUGUAUGACUUGAAGUUAUAAUGACAGGAAAUAAAUGUAAUAUAAAAUAACUCAUAUUUAAGGUUCAACAAAGUUGAUAUUUAUUUGUCACAUUUUAUCUUUUGUGCAAUGAAUUACGCUAGAUAAGCUAUUACUUAUGAUAUUUUGGAAGGAGCUUUUGAAAUAAAACAUAAUUAUGUCAUAUAAAAA